AUGGUUGUUACGGAAUUGGAACUGAUAAUUGGUGAGAUUGAGGAAAAGAUUGGAAGAGGAGUGAACAAAGACGAAAAAAAAAUUGAUAAUUCAAAUAAGAUAUCGUUUAUAAGAUCUGAAGUGGAGUUGUCAGAAAUGCUAGAUGAUAUAUGCGAGAAGUCAUCCGAGUGGUCAGCUGUAAUACAUCCGCGAACCGGUAAAGGGAUAUAUGCACGUCGCGCAACUCUGAAACUAAAACAAGUGCCAAAUCGUUUGACACUUUAUCAGUUCAAGGAAGCGUGUCAUGAUUUUUUGCAUUUCUACGAAGACAAACUAAUUGCAUUUUCUCGACAAAAAAGUAAGGAGCCAGUGCGUCAGUUCUGUCAUGAAACAAUCAAAGUUUGUACGUCUAUCGAUGUUUCUGGAAUGACGGAUGAGGAAUCAGGCAAAUCAAUGAUUCUUAGUGACGAAGAAAAAGAUAAAGAAGUUAAAAAAGCACUAAGGCAGAUGGAAAAAAAACGAAAAGAGUAUAGCGAGCUUUAA